AUGUGGCGUAUCAUAUCUGCCAUCUUCGCCCUGCUGACGGCCGGGACCGUCUACUUUGUGAACUUAUUCUACAAGAAACGCAAGGAGCUUCAGGGACUGCCGCAACCGCCGAUGGAAAGCAUAUUCUGGGGCCAUCUCCCCCUCGCCAUAGAAUGCAGCAAGCUCUUUCCUCCGGAUGGUCACAUCCAGAAUUGGUUCCAUUAUAUCAGGAAGAAGUACAAUUUGGGGGAUGUAUUCUAUCUUGACUGGUGGCCCCUUGGCCCACGCUUGCUGUUCAUCGCUGACCCCGAACUUACCUCCAAAUACAUUACCGCAGGCCAGUCACUGCCCAAAUCACAACUCACGACAGGCUACGUCAACCAACUCCUCGGAACCAACAACAUGAUCACUGCUGAAGGUCCACAUUGGAAAUCCCUCCGUUCCAUCUUCAAUCCAGGCUUCUCAGCUAGCCACUUAAUCACUCUAGUUCCCUACAUGGUCGAUUCGAGCCUCUUGUUCCUCGAAAUUCUACGCGAAAGGGCCAAGCGCAACGAACUCAUCAGCCUGAGCGACUACGCCACUCGACUUACCGCCGACAUCAUUGGCAAAGUAGCCAUGGACUCAGACUUUGACUCACAGAAACGUCCGCAUCCGAUCAUGUCGACGUUCAGGAAACACGUCAGUCUGAUGCCAUCUGAGACGAGCUUGGAACCUCUCAAGGGCUUCAACCUCAUCCAACCGAUUCGUCUGUGGUUGAAUACGCGCAAACUCGACGCCCUGAUUGGAGCGGAAAUCGACAAGCGGAUCGAACAUCGGGCAUCGCAGCGAUACCAAGCCAACGGGACAACAGGCACGACCAGUGGCGAGAAGAAGAAAGACCGCCAACGCCCGAUCAUACACCUGGCGCUUGACGCGAACGAGAAAGAGGUGGCCUCCCAGGCAGCUGGCAAAGGCUCAAGCUCCGGCUCCGGCAUGACCAAAUCCUUCCGCAAAACAGCCAUCGAUAGUAUCAAAACUUUCAUCUUCGCCGGCCACGACAACACCUCCACCACCAUCUCGUACGCUAUGUACCUCUUACACCUGCACAAGGAAGUGCACGCCAAAGUCCUCUCCGAACUCUCCUCCGUCUUUGGUCCAGGCUUCACGUCCUCUUCCAUCGCAGCCUCCAUCAAAGCCGACCCCCACAGCAUCAACCACCUCGAAUACCUCCACGCCGUCAUCAAAGAGACACUCCGCAUCUUCUCGCCGGGCUCGACCGUGCGCGGACUCCGUCGCCUCUCCGACAUCUCUUCCGCGAAAGAGUGCACCUUCACCGACCCAUCCACAGGCAAUAUAUGUCCUUUGGCCGGCUUCGACAUCUGGAUAGUGUCCCAAAUAAUCCAGCGGAAUGAAUCGUACUUUCCCGACCCCAUCAAUUUCGUGCCUGAACGCUUCAUCCCCUCUAUGACGCCCUAUCUGGAUUGUAAAAUGCAUACACCAGCCGGUAGAGAUGCGUGGCGCCCCUUUGAAAAGGGUCCUCGAAAUUGUAUUGGGCAGGAACUCGCGAUGAUAGAAAUGAAAGUCGUGCUUGCGCUGGUCGUGCCGGAGGUCGAUUUCACGGCGGAAUACGAUGGAAAGAAAAUGGAAGAGUGGACGCCGGUGGAGACCAGGGAUGAGUUUGCGGAUGGAAUUCCCGGAGCAAUAAGGCUGAGCGUCGAGGGGCAUAAGCCGUUUCAGGUCCUGAGUGGAAGGGGGGCGACGAGGGGUGGGAUGACGGGGCGGUUGACAGUCAGAAGAUGA